GUCAGCCGCUCAGCCAGUGAACCGAUAGCGGUCAACACAACAUGUUGUCCUUAUGAUAAUAAUACUAUGACGAUCUCAAAUAAAUUUAUUCGCGGAUAAAAUCUUACUAAUUUAUUAGUUCUACUUGAUAACGUUUAUAAUAAUAUAACGUAUAAAUACGUGUUCGGUACCUAUUUAGUUGUUGAGAGAGUUUUAAGUGAAUAUUAGUGAGAAUGUUAACUAAUACAUACGUGCCUGUGUUAGUUACUAUCGGAUGUGUUUUUUUGGGGGCAAACGCGUUCGCUCUACCCUUCGAAGGAUUGUUCAAGCUCGAUAUCAUUCACUACAAUGAUUUCCAUGCAAGGUUUGAAGAGACAUCAGUGUCGACGGCCACGUGUCGGUUCAACAACAACUCCUGUCUCGGGGGCUUCCCGCGCCUCUACCAUGAGAUACAGGCCCUCAGACAAGAGAAGCCGGACGCCCUGCUGCUGAACGCCGGCGACAGCUUCCAGGGCACCUACUGGUACACGCUGCUAAAGUGGAACGUGACGCAGCACUUCAUGAACCUGCUGCCUCAUGACGCACACGCAAUAGGCAACCACGAGUUCGACGAUGGUCCUGCAGGACUCGCCCCGUACCUCUCCGCCCUGAAGGCGCCGGUGCUGGCCGCCAACAUGGACACCAGCCAGGAACCAGUGUUGCAGGACCUCUACAAGCCGUCUAUAGUUGUAGAGAGAAAUGGCAGGAAGAUCGGUAUUAUUGGGCUCAUUACUGUGGAGACUAAGAUGCUCUCAUCAUCUGGCAAGGUGGUAUUCCUGGACCCUCGCGAGGUGACGCGGCGGGAAGCGAAGGCGUUGACGGAGCAAGGAGUCGACAUCAUCAUCCUGCUCUCGCAUUGCGGGUUGGAUGUGGACAAAGAGUUAGCGCGGGAUUACGGCGAGCACAUCGACGUGAUAGUGGGGGGCCACACGCACUCGCUGCUGUGGGACGGCCCCGCGCCCAGUGGGGAGCCGGCCGCCGGGCCCUACCCGCUCACGUUACAUGCUACCCAGGGCGGCAAUCAUACGGUGCUGGUGGUACAAGCGUCAGCGUUCACGAAGUACAUGGGCAACCUGACCGUGCUGUUCGACCACAGGGGGGAGUACGUCAGCUGGGAGGGGGGACCCAUCUUCUUGGACCGCUCUAUUCCUGAAGAUGCCGACAUAAAGGCCCAGCUAGAGCCGUAUGCAGCGCUAGUGAGAGAGGAGGUGAACAAGGUGGUGGGCGCGUCCUCCGUGGACCUCAUGUUCGAGGACUGUGUGUACGGCGAGUGUCCUCUAGGGGACAUCAUUGUGGACGCUUUUAAUGCACAGGCUAAAGCCAAAUAUGAGUCUAAGUACGACUACAUUGCGAUAGUCCAGCGAGGAGACAUCAAGACGUCGAUCCCUGCAGGAAACAUAACCCAAGGAGAUCUAUUCGAGCUGCUCCCCUACAACGACAAGCUUGAGACCUUCGAGCUGGCGGGCCGGCACCUGAGGGAAGCUCUGGAGCAUGGGGUGAGCGACGCCUGGGCUUACAAGCCGUUCAAGGGACCCUGGCUACUGCAGGUAGCUGGUAUCCGGGUUAAAUUCGACCUCACCAAGCCCGAAGGCAGUCGCGUAGCGUCAGUAACAGUUGGAGACACCGAGCCCGGGGCGCCCCUGGAGGAUGACCGCCUGUACCAGGUCACCACCGCCUCUUACUUGGCAGGGGGCGGGGACGGCUUCAAGAUGCUGAAGGAGCACCGUCAGAACGUGGUGCUGGUGGGUCGCGACCAGGACGUGGUGGGCUCCUACAUCAGGGCCCACUCGCCGCUCGCCACCGCCACUGACGGCAGAAUCACCAUCACUGAAUAGCGUAGUGUACAGGUAAGUGUAAUAAGUGUUGAAAUGUAAUUGCAAAAUAAAAGUUUAUUUGAACUAA